UCACUUCCCUCUUCCGCAUUUAGCCGUUUGUAUGCUAAGCUAAGCUAACCGAGCGUUUCGAGCCAGGAUUAUUCAACAUGGUGGAUUUGUUGACUUUUAAAAACCAAGUGGCGCUCGUGGUGAAUAAUCUGGCCAGGGCGGUGGUGGCGGAGAUUUUUACAGCGGCCGAGAAAUUAUCUUUAAAGGAACAAAACCCCGAGACUGAGGAGAAACUCGGGGCUCUGGUGGAAAGUCUGUGUGUCGACGCCGUGGAGAAAAUCCUGAAGAUAGUUGAGCCGACGAAGCCGGACGAGGAUCAGUGUGAUGGCAGCGGAGGAGGUGAGGACGGGGGGGACGGGGGGGACGGCGCCCCCCCCGCAGAGCCGACCUACAUCCUGAUGUACGAGAGCGCUGCUGCCGACUCCAGGUGUCUGCUGCCGAGCACUGCUAACAAUGCUAACAGCGCUAGUGGUGAACAUAAAGGCCUCUCAGGUGAGGAGACAGCGCUGCACGGCUCCUCCCCCCCUGCCCCCCCCCAGGCUGAUGACCAUGAGUACGCCCGGCCGCCUUCGCUGUCGCCGCCUGGUGCUGCUGCGUCGAGGACGGGUCGCGUCGGGCGGAGGAGGAAAGACGGCGCGAGAGCGGCUGCAGAGAUUCUCCUGCCGUGCUCACGUUGCGGCAUGAUGUUUCUGAACGCCGAGCGUCUCGCCGACCACGACAGGAAGUCUCACCCCGUGUGCUCCGCAUGUGGGGCGAUGUUCUCCGGCAUCCUGAAGCUCCGCCAGCAUGAGAUGAAGGAGCACGGCCUGCUGCCCUACGCCUGCGACUACUGCCCCAAGAGGUUCAACCACAAAGCUCACCGCGACAUCCACGCGAAGGCGCGGCACACCGGGGAGAAGCCCUUCCACUGCGACAUGUGUGGGAAAUGCUACUCCAGCGUCAGCGUGCUGAAGACACACAGGACCACGCACUUCCAGAAGACCUUCAUCUGCGACGUCUGUGGGAAAAGCUUCUACCACGCCUGCCACCUCAACCGCCACAAACUGGUGCACCAGGAGGUCCGACCGUACCACUGCUCCACCUGCGGCAAGGGCUUCACCCAGGCCACCAACCUGCGCAGCCACCAGCUCAUCCACAGCGGAGAGAGGCAGCUCUGCUCCAUCUGUGGCAAGAGCUUCCGGUACCUGAAGAACCACGUCAUCAGCAAACACUCCCACGAGCUCCCGGCCGACCAGCUGCCGUCCACGGGCUCCAUCGUCAGCUGUGACGUCUGCGGGAAGAAGUUCCCCAACUCGUCGCAGCACCGGGUCCACCAGAGGAGCCACACCGGGGAGAAGCCCUUCCACUGCGACAUCUGCGGGAAGAGCUACCGCCUGAAGGACCUGCUCCGGGACCACAGGUACACCCACACCGGGGAGAAGCCCUACCGCUGUUCGCUCUGCUCCAAGACCUUCAACCUGGCCACCAGCUUCAUGAGGCACCGCAGCAUCCACACCGGAGAGACGCCCUACAGCUGCCACGACUGCGGGAAACACUUCCGCCUCCUCACCUUCCUCAAGGCGCAUCUGCAGACCAAAGCUCACCGCAAGCAGACGCAGCAGAAGGAGGCGGCCGCCUCCCACCUCUGACCUUCAGCACCGGCCCAGGACCACAGCUGGAAAUUAGCUUCAUUAGCUGAAGCUGACACUUUGUACAGUGGAUUCAAAGGAACCGUCCACGUCACAAUAAACUAGUAAAGUGAAGUGAAGUGACCUCAGACCAGGGAAACUGAAACAUCCUCCACCACAGACUGAGGAGAGCAUGAGUUCACUGUUCGGCUACAAAACAACGAUGAACUUCAUGAGCAACUUUAAACAGUAAAACUCCUGAGGGAGUUGGAACAAGGACGACUCUGAUAUUAGUGGAAUAACACGUUCACAUGUGUUUGAGUGUCCAGUUACAGUCGGAUUAAAGCAGAAACUCGUUUUGAA